AUGGAUCAGGUAAUGCAAUUUGUUGAGCCCAGCCGUCAAUUUGUGAAAGAUUCUAUCAGACUUGUCAAGAGGUGUACUAAGCCAGACAGGAAAGAAUUCCAAAAGAUCGCAAUGGCAACGGCAAUAGGAUUUGCAAUUAUGGGAUUUAUUGGAUUCUUUGUAAAACUAAUUCACAUCCCCAUCAAUAAUAUUAUUGUGUAA